UAAAUUCACAGGGACAUAACUGAGGUUGCUCUGUUGUCUGCUCCAUCAUUGAUUUUUCCUCAAAAUUGGCUUGAAUUUUUUAAGCGCACCAUGUCUCAACAAACCAUUCGCUCAGGCAAAACCUUCAGCUCAUCUUCAGUAUGCUUACCCAAGAAUGUGAGCAGGUUCACUGUCAGUUCUUCGGCUUCAAGAAGAGGAGUAGGCUCAGGUGCAAGGCUGCAACCAUCCUAUAGCAGCAGAAGUGCUUACAAUGUUGGAUCAAGAGGAAGUAGGAUUUCUGUUGGAAGCCAUCAGUUGGGUCAAGGUGGAUAUGGUUUCGGUUAUGGUUCUGGGUCUGGUCUUGGAUCUGGUUUUGGAUCUGGAAUUGGUUAUGGCAUUGGUGGAGGUGUCUAUGGAUCAGUUUGCCCUCCUGGAGGUAUUACAGCAGUCACUGUUAACCAUAGUCUCCUUACACCACUGAAUUUGGAGAUUGACCCAAAUAUCGAGAGAGUGAGGAAAGAUGAGAAGGAUCAGAUUAAGGGUCUUAAUAAUAAAUUUGCCACUUUUAUUGACAAGGUCCGAUUUUUAGAGCAGCAAAAUAAGAUGCUUGAGACUAAAUGGGAUUUACUACAACAACAAAAAACUGCUAGAAGUAAUGUUGAACCUAUAUUUGAAGCUUUCAUCAGCAACUUAAGGAGACAGCUUGAUAGCUUAGUAUCUGAGAAAGCACGUCUUGAGGGAGACAGGAAAUCCGUAGAAGAUGCAGUAGAGGAAUUCAAGAGAAAGUAUGAAGAUGAAAUCAAUAAACGCACAAGUGCAGAAAAUGAAUUUGUAGUACUGAAGAAGGAUGUUGAUGCUGCUUUUAUGAAUAAGACUGAACUUCAAGCUAAGGUGGACAAUUUGACAGAUGAGAUCAACUUCUUGCAAAAUCUCUUUGAGGCGGAAAUAUGUCAGCUGCAGGCUCAAAUCUCAGACACCUCAGUUGUGGUUUCUAUGGAUAACAACAGAGACUUAAAUCUGGACAGUAUCAUUUCUGAGGUGAAAUGUCAGUAUGAAGAAAUUGCUAACAGGAGCCGAGCGGAAGCUGAAUCCUGGUACCAAAGUAAAUAUGAAGAGCUGCGGCUUACUGCCGGAAGACACGGGGAUGACCUGCGAAACACCAAAAAUGAAAUUGCUGACCUCAACCGUCUUAUUCAUAGAUUUAAGGGAGAGAUUGAGAAUGUGAAAGCACAGCGUAACAAACUUGAAUCUGCUAUAAAAGAGGCUGAGGACCGUGGAGAAAUGGCUGUCAAAGAUGCUAAAAACAAACUGACUGACUUGGAAGAUGCCUUGCAGAAGGCCAAGCAGGACAUGGCUGCUCUGUUGCGCGACUACCAGGAACUGAUGAACGUGAAGUUGGCCCUGGAUAUUGAAAUAGCUACCUACAGAAAACUGCUAGAAGGAGAGGAGAGCAGGCUGUGCAGGGACGGAGCAGGCUCAGUGAGCAUCUCUGUGGUAAGCUCCAGCGUUGGAGGAUCAUACAAUACCGUUGGAUCCGGAGGAAGCGGAAGCGGCUUUUACCACGAUGGUGGCCUUAGUUCUGGCACUGGGGUUAUAGGUGGUACCCGAUUUAGCAGUGGAAGUGGCUUCAGCUCUGGUGGCAGUGGGUUUGUCUCCAGAGGAAACUAUAGCUCAGGCCCAGCUGGUAGUCCUGGGAGUAGCAUAAGCAUUUCUUCCACAUCCAAAACAUCUAGUCAAAAGAAGUACUGAAUGCCCCAUUCUGACAAAUCUGAAACAUAAACUACUGAGUAUACAUUGACAGUUUUACCUCUGCAUUUAAUUUCUGCAACUAUUCUAUGACAGAAACAGAAAUAAAUUAUAAAGAGAAAAAAAAGAAUCUGUCUUCCUAAUGCACCUACCUAACAAUUUGAUGCUGAUAUUGUCACUGUACAAGCAGUAGUGUAUAGCUCAGAUUAUUUGCACUAAGUUCUAUUUGGAGUGGGUAUUUUCAUCUUUUCUUUAUGUCUACACUGAAGUCGAAUGGAUAUUCAGAUUGGAAAAUUAAGAGGUUAUAUCAAAUUACUGUGCAUUAAAAUAUACCUAUAAUAUAAGAAAUGUGUUGCAAUUUGGAUAAUUUUCUUGAAAAGUAUAUUUCAAACAAUAUUAAAAAACGGAUGGAAAAACAUAUGAAAAAAAUAUACUUUUUACACAUUUUGGAAUGUAUUGCUUGCAUAACAAUGUAAUCACUUCUUUCCAAUUGCAAAAUAUCUGUUUAAAUUCUCCUUUUUUUUCUUCAAUAAACUACAAUUUAUCUAUGCCUAAA